UUCGCAUUAGGAUCAUCCAGAAAACAAACACACUUCAGCCCUCACGUUCGCUGCAGCUUCUCCCUCCCACAUUCGCUUGUGUGCAUCACCUUUAGGAAGCCCUCGUUGGCUCCUUCCAUUCGCUUUUUGUGUCGUCCUCACUCAGCCCUAAUUCUCUCAAAAUCUAAAAGGCAAGCCUUCGGAGGAAAUUCCUUUCGCAGCCUUGACUCACAGUAGACCUUCGUUGAACAACUCAAACACACGCAAUAACUAUUCUUCGUGUGACGAUCAUCAGGCCUGAUUCUCUUUUGAUCUCUCGGAUUUUCAAAAGACGUCCAGCUUAUUUGCUGCUAAAGAGUCUGUCUAACCUCAACUCGACAUCAAGAUACAGUUACGUUACGUUCAGCCGCUGCACCCUUUGACUCUUGCUAUUUUGUAAUUCAAGGGGAUAUUUAAUUCCGGCUGGCUCUUGCAGCCUUACCAUUACACUCGCUUUCAGGACGGUGGGGCUUACAUAUAUCCGGCAGCCUCGGAGACCUUUCAAACCUUCUCAAGUGCCUUCCAUUCUGUUGCCUCUCUCACGCAACAUUUAAACAUUUUGGCUUUCUAUAUAUCUAAUUGACCUUACUUUCUAAACCGUUUCGACGUUGGCUUUCACUCGUUCAAGCCUUCGUCGUCAAUUCUUUACUCUUAACUUCUUUUACCAAAGCCCUAUUUAAAAUGGCCGGACCUGGAGGUGGACCCCCUCGUAGGAGGUAAGAUACAUACACUCGCAACAUAUCUGAGAACGAAUACUGAACUUGAAAUAGUCAUACCAAAUCUCGAAAGGGUUGUGAAACCUGCAAACGUAGACACAUUCGUUGCGAUGAGAACUUUCCUCAAUGGUAUGUCGGUGAAAGCACAGCUGUCUAGUGGCACGAAGCUCCCAUAUUAACAAUAAUUAGUCGAAACUGUACGAAACACAAUUGCCGCUGUCCAUACAUGGACAUGCCAGUACAGGAGGAGCGAGCUGCAACCCCCGAGAAAGCAGACUUGUUAUGGACCCCAGAAAUCGAAGCAGAUAUUGAGCGUUGGCAACAGACCGGGAACUUCCCCUUCCCUGAUCUGUAUAUCUAUCCAGCUCCUAACCCUCAAUAUUUCACUUUUGAAGACCUCCGUCUCAUUCAUCAUGUUGCUUCCGUUUCCAGCGAGCUCAGCAUCCAUGAUGCUGGCAAUUUCACCAUCUGGACUCGACAAAUUCCACUGUAAGUUGACGUACUUUAUAGAACGGAGGGAUGAUGAACAUUCUAACCAGACUCUAGCUUGCUUAAGAUUGGCUCGAGCUACCCUUUCGUCAUGCAUGCUUUACUUGCAUUGUCUGCCACUCAUUUAGCUUGGUUGACAGACUGCCCCCUCACGGCAAAUAUGGCAUACAUACAUCGUGGUAUUGCUCUCAAAGGCUUGCACGAAGCUAUCGGAGAAUUUUCGAGACAAAAUUCAGAUGCAGUUUUGGGUGCUUCUCUCCUCCUUUCCUGGCAAGCAACGGAAUGGUAAGUCAUUGAUAGAGAUAUUCUGAACAGAACAUGAAGCUAAUCUCCAUAUAGGCGUGGUUGGACCCAGCUGAUGCAUGGGACUUCAUCUGUAUGACUUGAAUAUUAUUUUAGUGUAAUGAUAGUUAACAUCAACUAACAUCUGAUAGGUCAUUGACGCUAUGCAACCAUGGAAAAUGGAAUCUCAAUUCGGCGAUUUUAUUGCAGAGCAAAGUACGUUCCCAACCGCGCCGCCAUCUCCAGCACCCGGCCAGAAAAAACUUAGUCAACCACGCAAGCAAGACUUGGACGCGUUGCAACGCGCUUACGCUCAACUACAAAAGGUGGAAGUCCAUCUUAAGGGUAAUGGCGAGGACACCAAAGCUAUCCAACAGCUCAUGAGUUUUGUUCGAGGUGUCCGGAAGGUGUCCCCAUCCCACACCGCCGCUCAGCGAUUCGAAAUGCUCAACCCACUUCGAGCUUGGUUGUUUUGGCUACCGGUAAUGUUUUUGCAGCAAACACGAGGAUCUCCUUCGGCAUUGGUUAUCCUUGCUCAUUAUUAUACCAUUGCUUUGGUCGUGGAACCUCUUUUUCCUGAAGUUGGAGCUGCAUACUUCGGAAGUCUUUCUUUGGGUCCCAUUGAGGAAAUCGCUCGCCGAUUGUUCUCGAUCAAUGUUUCCCAAACUUCUGACUCCAAUAUGCAAACUCCUCUUCAUCUCAUGGAGUAUCCCAUUGAUAUGGUUUCGAAGUUCCGAAGUCGCAUGGGUUGGGUUCAGCCAGAACGUACAGCAUCAUUCCCGACAUUCUCACAUAACAACUAUAGCAUGGAGGACAAUUUCAACACCAUCUCUCCAUAUGGGAACCCGGCUUUCACCUACAGCCAAGAGCAUAUCAUGACCAUGCCUCCCGAUCCAAUCUCUGCUGCAGCCAUUCCUCCAUUAACUCUCGAUCCAUAUGCGGCUCACUACUUGGGAAUUCCAUCGCCUAGCGGGUUUGGGGGAUAUCAUAGCCCGGCAUCUUCGAAUUUUGGGGAAGGUUCUAUUGUCUACAGCGAACAUGGGGAAGAUUUUGCUCUUUAUGAGGGGCAGGGCUCCGGCUCCAAUUUCGGCGGGUUUGUGCUUCCGACCGUGUGGAUAUAAACCUCGAACGAAGGCGAUUUAACAUUUACGACCAGGACCACAACACCAUCUUUUCAAUUUGAGCCCAGGUCUUCUGUGGACCCAGUCAAAUUUGAACCUCAAACUUCGCACCAUAUGCAGCAACAAAUGCAGCAUAUUCCUCAAUAUCUUCCUUAUACUUCUCAUCCUCAACCGUUACCUCACUCUCCAUUCGAAACUACUCCGGCGAAUCCCAAGGGGAAAGGUCGCGAGCUUUAAUAUCAAACUAUCCUCAUUUCCUUGUUCGAAUUUGCGAUUAUGCGCGCACUAUCAGAUUACGAGAUCAUAUUUACGGAUCUCUUUAAUUAUUGUUUUUAAUACUACACAAUCCUAACGACUCUCCUUUAUAUCCGACCAACGAUUCACGAAUUUAACGAUUUUCUUUUGCUAUGCAUUCUUGUACGAAUACCAGCACCCACGAUCCUUUAUAUACCACUAGCAUAUUGCAUUGGGCGGCGUUUUUUGACUGCGUUUGAAAAGGGGAGGAAUUAUUGAAUGGGCUGAGCUUCAUGGGCUCAAGGAUAGCCAUGGAUGGCUACAAAAAUCAGUUGGGCGUUAUAGUUAAGAAUAGCGGCUAUUUUGUGCAAUGUGCAUUGGAAUGGACUUGGAUUUGGAUUUGGAUUUGCAAACAUCUGGGGUUGCAAUGAUAAUGUGUCUAGAUAAUCUAUCAGAUAAUCUACCAGGAAACCAGUCAAUCGACCUAUCAAUCAAUCA